AAUUUAAAAAUGUUUGUUAUCUAUAAUAAAUUUUCUAAAAUAACCAGUUUCGGUUCGCUAAGAAAAUUUUGUAUGAAAGCUGCAAAAUCAAAAGUAGAAUGUCCUUUUAGUAACAGAAAAAGUGUUGGCCAACCUACAAGUGAAACACAUCCUCACCUUUUGAGCGAAGGUGAGGUGACCCCAAUGAUAACAAAAUGUGAAUAUCAGAACAGAAGGGCUGGUUUGGUGGAAUCUAUUUUGAAAUAUGUUUCUAGAAUUGGUCUGAUCCAAAAGAAUCAUAUGAUAGUUAUCCCUGCUGCCUCUAAACAAUACAUGUCUGAUAAGAUCCCUUAUGUCUUCCGCCAAAACACAGAAUUUUUGUAUUUAACAGGUUGUCAGGAACCAGAUUGCUGUGUUGUGAUAACAGUUGGAGAGGGAGGAAGUCAUUGUACAACUUUAUUUACCAGGGAUAGGGACGAGCAUGCUGAAUUAUGGGAUGGGCCAAGAACUCACUCCACUGAUGCAGUUAGUUUUUUUGGGGUAGAUCAAAGCCUACCAAUAAGUGAACUAGAGAAGUUUCUCAUAUCUUAUAAGAAGUCUCAUAAAGAUUCAAGUUUAUGGUGCGACUUAUUGACACCAGUCCAAAAAAAUAUUAGAAACUUAAUGUUGGAAAUUGGCCAUAAGAAGUGGGAAAAUCCGAAACCAUUCUUACAUAAGUUACGGCUUUAUAAAAGUCCAUCUGAAAUAGCAUUGAUGCAAAGAGCUUGUGAUAUCACUGCACAAGCCUUCAUGGAAACAAUGUCUUUUUCAAGACCAGGCAUUGGGGAGAAUCAAAUAUUUGCCAAGGUCGACUACGAGUGCCGAAUGAGAGGUGCAGAAUAUUUGGCUUAUCCUCCUGUAGUAGCUGGUGGCGAAAGAAGCACUAUUAUUCAUUAUAUUAACAACAAUCAAUUGAUUCAUGAAGAUGAGAUGAUAUUAAUGGAUGCAG